CGCUCAUCAGCAAACGCUUGAUCGCUACACUUUCAAAGAAGUCCUUGCCGAGCUUCAUAUGGGACGAACAUGUGCGGGCGAUACGCGUUGGGCAUUCGCGCCUCCUUCGUCCGGUACCAACUCCAACAACAAGGCCUCCCCGUCGACGAUGCGCCCCAGGAUGACGAAGCGCGCGAGACCUAUAACUUCCCUCCCGGCGCCUAUGGCCUUGUAUAUAGGGCAGAGGUUCCAGACCACGGCGUACGAGAUGCAAACGAGGCUGAAGCCAGCAACGAUGCCGCUCACGCAGACCAAACAACGCAAGGCCAAGACCAAGCCGAGCCUCCUCCUCCUUCGAGCCAACCGGAGUCCUACAAGUACGAGAUCAAGGUCAUGAAAUGGGGUCUCAUCCCCUUCUGGACCAAGCGAGCCCCGGACUACGGCUCCAUGUUACGAACCAUCAAUUGUCGAGACGACUCACUCAUCGAGAACCGCGGCAUGUGGAAUACCAUGAAACAGAAAAAGCGCUGCCUAGUCGUCGCUCAGGGAUUCUACGAGUGGUUGAAAAAGGGUCCUGGCGGGAAGGAAAAGAUCCCACACUUUGUCAAGAGGAAAGAUGGUAACUUGAUGUGCUUUGCUGGCCUGUGGGAUUGCGUCAAGUACGAGGAUUCGGAAGAGAAAUUGUACACGUACACCAUCAUCACCACCGACUCGAACAAGCAACUCAGCUUCUUGCAUGACCGGAUGCCUGUGAUAUUGGACCCAGGAACGGACGCGGUCAAAAUGUGGCUUGAUCCAACAAGAAACAAGUGGUCCAAAGAACUCCAGGCCCUGCUCAAACCCUAUCAAGGUGAACUUGAAUGCUACCCCGUUGACAGCGCAGUGGGAAAAGUCGGGAACAACUCACCGAGCUUCAUCGUCCCAGUCGACAGCAAGGAGAAUAAGAAGAACAUUGCCAAUUUCUUCAGCAAUGCGAACAAGCCAAAGGCUAAGGUGGAGGAAAAGAAAGUCGAAAAGGAGACGGAGGAGAAGCGACCAACAGUUGAUUACGAAGGGAGCGAGAACAAGGCGCCUUUGCCCGUUCCUCCUAACCCGGUGGACGAAACCAAAGGCGAGAAACGAGCACAUCCCGAGGAAGACGACCAGUCUCCGGGCAAAAAGCACCUCAAACUGUCGUCUCCCCCAAAAGUGGACUCACCACUGAAGUCUGCUGGCAAGAAGCCGAGAAGCGCGACAAGCAAUAAGGAUAUGACAUUGAAGAGCAGUCCAGCCAAGAAAGUCGAAGCAGGAACGCAGCGGAUAACCAAUUUCUUCGGCAAGUGAUUCGCCAGACGAUACAGGACGACCUUUUCAGGUUCAGUCCAACAACAUACAAGCUCUACCCAUGGCGAGGAAGGUCAGAGUGGAAGCUCUUCGCUAAUGUCAACCUCAAUCCACCUGCCUCCACCUUCCUUUCGAAGUGCGCGCAAGUACCGGGCCACCGACUGUGCAGUAUUAUGGAUCUCUGCAUACCUUUGUCGCUCAUUCUUGUAGCGAUACAUCUUGCGCUCAUCCUCAACAUUCCAAGCUGGUUGACCCUGACCUGGUGCUGUGGCGUCAAUAUAUGGCGACAUUGGCUUCCAGCCUACUUCUAGUAUGAGCCUUUCGACCCCUCUCCACCCACCAUUCCACUCUGGACCAUAUCUGUCCAGAGAAGACGAGUCUGAUGACGACGAAGAAGGCCUCCAUCUCAAUGCAGCAAACCAGUCACCACACCCUGUAAGAUCCAGCCAUUUCAGGCAAUAUAAUGAUCUGCUAAGGGUCCUCAGGAUCCCUGCAGCCUCGCGCCAGUCAUUGUCAUGUGCAGUAUACAUGUCUGAUCCACCAUAUACCACCGGCGGAGACCUCGGUGUCUUGAUCACUGCUCUUGUUGAUGCGGCGUUGGGUGUGAGAGUAGGUUGGGGCCAAUAUGCUAAUGACAGUGACGUGAGUGUACGCAGUUCGGCGGCCAACGACAGGAGGGAAGACCAGGAUACUGCUUUCGCAUUGACCGGCGGAAUGGCAAGCGAAAGAUGCUUGAGGUUGAUGAAGUUGUGCACGGUGCCCAACAUGAAUGCAGGACUCGAUAAACCAUCGCUGUCCUCGGCAGUCUCCCAAGUUUCAUUUUCAACAUCAGGUUUUGGCACUGGUGGUUGUUUCACCACAAGAUCCCGCUCAAGUUGUUUGAACGUAGUCCACACUCCCAGAGCGUUGCUCAAAUCAAGCCGAUGCACUUCGGCCCGCUCCUCAUGUUCAUUGUUGAGGAACAAGAGCCGUAGCGGGUUGAUGGGCGCUUCGUUGUAUACCGCAAGGUAACUCAAUAGAGUCUCUUUCAGGUUUGUGGGCAAUAUUUCCAGAUAGUCAUAAUCGUUCUGCGCAUGCCAUUCCCAGG